AUGUCCUUCCCGACAAGGUCCCUUUCUACUCGGCUCCCGGGCGCGGGGUCACAGAACGCCUCAGCAGGCCCGUCACCCAUGCUGGUAGCGCGUAUUGCCGAGAAGAAGGCCGAACUGGAACAUCUGAAGGAGCUGCGCGACCUCAGUGCCGCCGUUGCAGGUCAAAUGGAAGCACUGGAACAGAAACUGGCGACCCUUUCAGAUGGCACUGAAGCUAUUGCCAUGGUCAUUGGCAACUGGCAUAACGUGCUGCGUGCCAUUAACAUGGCUUCUGCCCAACUCGCCAAGCCGCAGGGACAAGAACCGUUGGAGUCGGAAGACGCCAGCCUCCCUCUCCCUCAGACGCUGGUUCGCAUUCCAACGGAGCACGCACCGACGCUUCAGGCUCAGGCCGAAAAUGUGACAGAGUCCGCAGAGAACAGCACAAUCAUCCCCUGA